AUGCUCAGGUUCAAGAGAUUAGCGUCGCAUUACAACCAAGCAAGGCUACUUAGGAAGUACCCCGUAGGUGGAACCUUCCAUGGGUACGAGGUUCAGCGGGUUUUGCCCGUUCCUGAGAUGAAGUUCAUUGCAGUUGAUCUCAAACACUUGCAGACGGGAUCGCAGCACUUACACAUUGAUAGAGACGACAGAAACAAUGUAUUCAGUAUUGCUUUCAAGACCAAUCCGCCUGAUGCGACAGGUGUUCCGCACAUUUUAGAGCACACCACGUUGUGUGGUUCACACAAAUACCCAGUCAGAGAUCCGUUCUUCAAGAUGUUGAAUAGAUCGCUAGCGAAUUUUAUGAACGCCAUGACCGGCCACGAUUACACAUUCUAUCCCUUUGCUACUGCCAACAAGGCUGAUUUUAGCAACUUGCGUGACGUUUACUUGGAUGCGACGUUCAGACCUUUAUUGAACCAUCAGGACUUCCUUCAAGAGGGAUGGAGACUGGAGCAGUCGAAUUUGGAGGACCCCAAAAGUGAAAUAAUUUUCAAGGGUGUUGUUUAUAAUGAAAUGAAGGGCCAGGUGUCAAGCUCCAAUUACCAGUUUUGGACCAAAUUCCAAGAACGUAUUUACCCAUCGUUGAAUAACUCGGGCGGCGAUCCGCAAAAGAUCACGGAUCUACAAUACUCAGAUCUAGUAGAUUUUCACAGUAAAAACUAUCACCCCUCUAAUGCAAAGACUUUUACCUACGGAAAUUUUCCUCUCGAGGACACACUGAACCGCCUAAACGAGGAGUUCAAACUGCAUGGGAAAAGAAAAACGAGCGCUGGAGUCCGCAAACCUUUGGAUUUUGAUUCUGAUGUCAGAAUUGUUGAGAAGGGCCAGAUUGACACCAUGUUACCAAUGGACAAGCAGUUGAAGACGUCCAUGACGUGGUUAUGUGGCGAUCCUUCUGAUGUAUACAACACAUUUGUCCUGAGAAUUUUGGGGAACUUACUCAUGGAUGGCCAUUCUUCCCCCUUUUACCAACAGCUAAUCGAAACUGGAAUUGGGUACGAGUUUUCUGUGAAUUCGGGUGUUGAUUCCACGACUGCAGCCAAUUUCUUGAGCGUCGGCGUGCAAGGAUGUGGCGACGUCAAGAGAUUCGAACAAACGGUCAGAUCAAUUUUCAAAGACGUUUUGGAAAAACCAUUUGAAUCCGAUAAGGUCGAAGCAAUAAUUCAACAACUGGAGUUGUCAAAGAAAAACCAGAGAGCAGAUUUUGGAUUGCAAUUGCUAUAUUCGUUGGUUCCUGGGUGGACGAACAAAACUGAUCCUUUUGACACCCUAGUUUUUGAUGAUAUUUUGAGUCAGUUCAGGUAUGACUGGGCCGAAAAGGGUAAUGAGCUAUUCCGAGAGCUCAUUCGCCAAUACGUUCUUGACAAACCAUGCUUCCAUUUUUCAAUGGAGGCGGACCAAGACUUCUCUCAGGCAGCAGAACUUGAGGAAGCGGAGCGCUUGAGAGCCAAGCUUAGUCAACUGGAUGACACUGAUAAGAAAACUAUACUCAACCGCGGGCUGCAAUUACAAGAAAAACAAAAUGAGAUCGAGGACGUCUCAUGUCUGCCAAGUCUAAAGAUUGACGACAUACCUCGGGCGGGAGAGAUGUACGAUGUCAUCUCCAAGGCGCAUGUCUCGCAUCGUCUUACAGACACGAACGGCAUUACAUACUUGAGAGGCAAAAGGUCUCUCAACAACGCAAUCCCUAAGCAUCUAUACCCGUAUUUGUCCUUAUUUGCUGACUGUUUGACAAGCCUCGGAACCACUGAUGAAACCUAUAGCCAAAUUGAGGAUACCAUGAAGCUGCAUACAGGGGGCAUAUCUACAAACGUCUCUGUCCACACAAAUCCGGCGAAUGCGGAACCAGAGUUGCAAUUUUCAUUUGAGGGGUUUGCCCUUAAUCAGAAAACAGAGUAUGUGCUGGAUAUAUGGCGCAAAGUUUUGGUGGAAACUGAUAUUACAAAAAACAGCGAAAAGCUCAAAGUCUUGAUAAGGUCAUUAGCAUCCUCCAAUACUGCCACGGUCGCUGAAUCGGGACAUUCGUUUGCCAGAAAUUACGCUGGCUCUCACUUGACCACCGCGCGCGCCAUCAACGAGACACUGGGCGGUGUUGAGCAGCUGCAGCUAAUUACCCGCUUAGCGUCAAUCCUAGACGAUCCUGUGCUGUUCCAAUCCGAAGUAGUUGAUAAACUAAAUGAAUUAAAAACUCAUGUCAUCUCAAAAGAAGGCAUGGCCUUCUUCAUCACAUGCGAUACUGAUAAACAGGUUUCCAGGGUAGAGUCACAAAUUCACCAAUUUGUGCAGAGUUUGCCUGAGAAGAUCGCCGCCAAUUCUUUCGCAGCGCGUGAUUACGACCUGAUACCACAAAAUGGCAAAUACAAAUUGAUAGAGUUUCCCUUCCAAGUGCAUUACGCCGCGCAAUCCAGUCUGGGGGCUUCCUACUCUCACCCUGACGGUGCCAGCUUGCAAGUUCUUGCCAACAUGCUCACAUUUAAACACCUGCACAGAGAAGUUAGAGAAAAAGGAGGUGCCUAUGGGGGAGGCGCUGUGUAUAGCGCACUUGAGGGUCUAAUGUCGUUUUAUUCCUACAGGGACCCCCACCCAAUCAAUUCGAUAGAGAUUUUUGCCAACAGCGGCGAGUACGUCUUAGAAAAGGCUGACUGGGGCGCUGCUGACCUGGACCAAGCCAAAUUGACCAUUUUCCAGCAGGUAGACGCGCCCAUCAGUCCCAGCAGCGAGGGAACAGUGCACUUUACGUAUGGCAUCACCAAUGCCUUGAGACAAAAGAGAAGAGAACAGUUGCUCGACGUUACACUGUCCGACGUUCGCGACGUUGCAGAGAGAUACCUCGUGGGCAAAAAUUCCGUCUCAGCAGUAGUUGGACCUCGAAUAACCGAGAUGAGCAACGAACAAUGGGAAAUCAAACAAUUGCAGUAA